UAUCGUUCAAAGAAUUAUUCUCUAUAACAAUGAAGGAUUCAUCACAGCUGGAUGAAUUUUUAAGUGUAUAUAUAAGGAUCUUUAUAAUUAAGAUGAUAUUUUACAAGAAUCUUUUAAGAGAUAUCUUAUAUUUGCUUUUAUAUAAAUUCUGUGGAAUUUGUGUGUAUGAAAUUUCUUUCGAAAGUUUCUACAAGGAGCUAUCUGAUCAUGGUAAGAAUGUGUUAAACGUACCUUUCAGAAGAAAAUUGUUCAAGAUACUAUUUGAAGAUUUACGAAAUUCCAAGGAACUAAGUUAUUCAGGAUGGUAUAGCAUAAAAACAGAAUUUCAAAGAGCUAUUGAAAAUAAAGGAAACAUUGAAAAAGCUGUUGAAGAUGAUCCCACUCUUUUAGAUGUAAAGAUUAAAGAUCCUGUUUUUUUAGUUACAUUACCCAGGACUGGCAGUACAUUUUUACACACCUUACUAGCAGAAGAUAAAAGAUGGAAAGCUCCAGAAUUCUGGGAAAUGACUAAAACCAUACCAUUUCCUAGAGAUCCCUUAUCAGAAGAUAAUAAAGAAUAUAUAAAACAAUUGGAUAAUUCUCUAGAUAUCAAUAAGAAAUUUUCAAACUCUAAAGGUUUAAUUUCGUCUCAUAAUAUGAAAGCAAGUGAUCCAGAAGGUUUCCUUCCCUUUCUUAAAGCUGAGGGAAUUUUUGGAAUUCUAUCAAUUAUAUUAAAAUUACCCAAAUAUACCAAGCAAUUACAAAGUUUCUCGCAUGAUGAUUAUAUAGAUAUCUACAAAAGCCUUGAAAGAAACUUUAAAGUAUUAGGAAGAUACCAAAAUAUUGAAAAUAGGCGCUAUCUUCUUAAUCAGCAUUUUGGACCAUCAACAAAUAUUCCAGCUUUGCUAGAGGUAUUUCCAGACGCAAAGAUAAUAACUAUUCAUAGAGAUAUCAAGAAGAUUGUUCCUUCAAUGGCAUCUCUAUACUCGUAUAUUGCAAUAAAGUAUCAAAAUUAUCGCCUAUCUGCUAUUCAAUUAAUAUGCGAUAAUCUAGUUGAUAGAUAUCUGGAUACUCUUGAUAAAAUUGUUCAAGUGAGACAAGAAUACUCCACAAAGAAACAAUUUGCAAAUUCCUUUAUUGAUAUACACUUUAAAGAUCUAUUAGAUAAUCCGGAAGAGGUUGUAAAAUAUAUAUAUAAAAAAUCAAAUAUGAAAUAUACAAAAGAAUGCGAAGAGAAAUUUACCGUUUCGAUUUAUGAAAAGGGUAAACAGAAGCAAAAUCCGCACAAGUACGAAAAAAUGGUAUUAAAUGUAGAAAAGAUAAGACAAAAAUCUUUUAGAUACAAUAAAAAAUUUAAUUUAAUUGCAAAUUAGUAUAGAACUUUAUUAGAAAAUCUCAAAAAAAAGUUAGAUUAAAAACAAUAAAAUAUAUAACUUUUCAUCUUUAUUGAAU